AUGGGGCCCGAAGAGAACAAUUCCAAUAUUAACAUUUGGUUACCAGGGGACAAAGAGAUAAGCCAGCUGCGGCCCGUAGCUUGUCGUCCGCUCCCACCCCGCAACGCCCGUGGUCGGAGAUGCGAUCACUGCGCCCACAGGAAGGCUGCCACGGGCGGGCACCCGACAACGACGUCCAGGGCAGCUCUCCCAACGCUCCGUUCCCGAGACCCCCGCCCACCUCGAGGUCCCCACCCCGGCGGCCCCAUCCUCCCGGAACGUCCGCGCGCCGCUUCCCGAUCCCGGCCCCGCCAGCCGGGCUCCACGGGUCCGCAGCAGCUGGCUCCGACCUACUGUUCCGUCCGCGGCCUGGGCCGCCGCCACUCCGCCGAAGCCCAGCAGGAGGGGCGCGCCUCGCCCCGGCCACCGCGCCCGGCCGGUUACGCCUUCCCCGUGACACAACUCUUGUCACCUGCGCCAGCUCCGGUCAGCCGGCCGCCGAGCCCGCUCACAGGCCGCUCGGGACGCGCCAACGGCGGAGCGGCCGCCGUCGCCCGCCCUCCCGCCCGCCGCGCCGUCGGGCGCCCGCGCCCCCCACGCCCCCCCAGCCCGCGAGGACCCGAGCGAGCGGCGCCGCCCGGCCCCAGCCCUCACCGGCGCCGCAGCCCCGCCGCGUCUGACCCGGCGGCUCCAGCAGACGUGGCUGCGCGAGGGGCGGGGCGCGCGCGGGCGGCGGCCCCCGGAAACGCGGGCGCGACACCUCCGUUCCGGGCCAGAGUGUUCGCCUGCGCUCACCAAGGCCCGCCGGGAGCCGAGGCUGCUCCGGACACAGGGUCGCUAGAGAGCCCACCACAAGUGACCCGAAGCGAAUUCCAGAAAGUUGGAAUUGGGGCUUGGGGUUUUCGCCCGUGGGAACUAACUUCCGGACUGACAAGGACCACUCCCGAGGCCCGACACCUGAACUUCCGGCGGAAGUGGUGCCACGGGAGCUUCAGGCCCCGCCCCCCUGUCAAGUAA